AAAUCGGAUUUCUCAACAUUUAAGCUGCUGGAGCUGCGACGGACCAGCUGGAAAUGACAUCUGGAAAAGUGCCCCCAAAAACCCGGCUGAAGAUAACGAUGGUCAAAUCGGAAUCGUCCAAGGGUGGUAUGGUGUCCCGCACGCUAGCCUUCCCACUGGCAACGGGCGACGAUAUCGAGUAUCUGGAGCAGUGCGUCAAAAGCUCGGAAGAUCUCAAACUGCAAUACGAGAAAAUACUGCAACACUUUUUGCAAAAGACACCGAUGAAGCCGGCAUUUGCGCUGCUGCACGUGUUCACGGAGGAGGCGCUGGCGGACUACAACUACAGCGGUCACUGUAACUAUACGCGCGAUAAGAAAAAGGCGAUGCGCCACUACGUCAUCUUUACCACGUGCAUCGAGUCUGCCUGGUCCAGCAUGCUACCGGACGAGCUGAGAAGCCGAGCGGUGCGGGACGUGAUCGCUUUGGUAGGCAAUCGCAAGCGGAUGCGUAGGCUAAAGGAACGAAAGCUUAAAAGUAACCAGAUCGGACGCUUGGAACAUGGAAGAAACAUUUCUUGAAAACAAUCUUGAAGGAUUCGUUAACGAUUUUUUUGUUUUGUAUAUGCAACAACAGCACAAACUGAGCUGCUAAACCGAUCGUUUAAUUUUAUCGAAUAACUCACAAUGGAUAAGAAAGCAGAAUACAUUGUACAAUUCUUAUGAUGCUGCAAAAGAACAGUCGAAGGAGGGCACCACCACCGUAAACGAUAGUAGCGAGUCUACGGCGUUGCCCCCAGAACGCGAGGUGGACAUUAACCCGGAAGCGUG